AUGGAGUGGAGGACAGUCACCGCAUCGCCCCGUCCCCGGUGGUCCAUGUCCGAGGACUGUGUGAUGCCGUGGUGGAGGCCGACCUGGUGGAGGCGCUGGAGAAGUUCGGCAGCAUCUGCUACGUGAUGAUGAUGCCGUUCAAGCGGCAGGCCCUGGUGGAGUUCGACGGCGUGGAGAGCGCCACGCGCUGCGUGACCUGCGGGGGCCGCGAGGCCGUCUACAUCGCAGAGCAGCAGGCCUUCUUCAACUUCUCCACCAGCCAGAGGAUCACCCGGCCCACCAACGCAGACGACCCCACCAGCAAAAACAAGGUCCUGCUGCUGUCCAUCCAGAACCCGCUGUACCCCAUCACCACCGAUGUGUUGUACACCGUCUGCAACCCCGUCGGUAACGUCCUCCGCAUCGUCAUCUUCAAACGCAACGGCAUCCAGGCCAUGGUGGAGUUUGAGUCAGUGGAAGACGCUCAGAAGGCCAAGCUGGCUCUGAACGGAGCCGAUAUUUACUCCGGCUGCUGCACACUUAAGAUCGAAUAUGCUCGGCCCAACAGACUGAACGUCGUCCGCAAUGACAACACCAGCUGGGAUUACACCAAACCCUUCCUCCUGCACCGAGAGCGGGGGAAGGGAAGGCAGCGCCAAGCCAUCCUGGGGGAGCACCCGUCCAACGGCUACGGCCCACAGUGCCCCCUGCUGCCCCUGCCGGCCAACAGCAGGUACAGACGGGGUGAGCAGGUCCAGGACAUGAUCUCGUACCCUCCUCUCCUCCCAAAGACCUUCCCCUCCACCUCCUCCUCCUCCCUGCUCGCCUCCAGCUCCGUCGCCAUGGUGAGCGGCCUCCACCCCACCAAGAUGAACUGCGGACGCAUUUUCAACCUCUUCUGUCUCUACGGCAACGUGGAAAAGGUGAAGUUCAUGAAGAGCGUUCCUGGCACGGCGCUGGUGGAGAUGGGGGACGAGUACGCCGUGGACCGAGCCGUCACUCACCUGAACAGCAUCAAGGUUUUCAGCAAGAAGCUCAACGUCUGCGUGUCCAAGCAGCAGGCGGUGAUCCCCAGCCAGGUGUUUGAGCUGGCCGACGGCGGCAGCAGCUACCAGGACUUCAGCCUGACCAGAAACAACCGCUUCAGCAGCGCUCACAGCAGCAGGAACAUCAUCCAGCCCCCCGCCGCCGUGCUGCACUUCUACAACGCCCCCCCCACCCUCAGCCAGCACCAGCUGCUCAAGCUCUGCUCCGAACACAACGUUCCUGCUUUCACCAAGUUCAAGGUCUUCGAUGCUAAACCCAGCUCCAAGACUCUGUCCGGCCUGCUAGAGUUUGACAAUAAGACUGAAGCUGUGGAGGCGUUGACCGUCCUCAACCACCACCAGAUCAGAAUACCCAGCAGUUCCAACCCCUUCACCCUCAAACUCUGCUUCUCCACCUCCUCCCAUCUGUGACGGAGAGAGGAGCAGCUGCCACGGACACGGCGCUCCCGGGACACGGCAGAGAGCAAGUUGCACUUUGGAACUAAAAUGAGUCCAAACUGGUUCAAGACAACAAAAGAAAAUUAAAAUAAUUGUUGCUCUCCUCAUCAUCAAAGCACAAUUGUUGGUGAUCCGCUAGAGAAUAACGUCACAUCAUUUUGGGGUUAAGUCUUUUUUUUUUAUAUAUUCUUUGUGAUUGUAUUUAAUUGUGACUUUUUUGAGUAACUAAGCUUUUUUGUCAUGUGCUCAUUUUUGCUUUUCCCGUGGUUGUAUAAAUCAAACUGGUGAGACUGUGCAGUUAUAUUGCAAUAAUAGUAAGUUAAUUUGUGUUAAUGCUGUUAGCACCAUGACUGACGACGCAUGAACAGUAAUAUCUCUUAUUUAGUUUUGACAAACGCUGCCAUCAUCCACCUCCGAGGAUUGAUUCAACCUGCUCUCAAACAUCUGCUUAUUUUCAAAGAUUGCACUAGCUAUUUCUCAAAUGUUUUGACUAUUUAAAAUGGAACAUGUUAACAUUAAUUUACAAAUUGAAUUUAAAAGAAAUAUUUCUUUAUGUUACUGUGAACUAGAAACUUUGUGUAUCUCUAAAAAAGAAAAACGUGUGAUUGUUGUGCCGGUGUGAUUCACAAGACACCCCAGUGCUGCUGUGAGGGAUGUUAGUCGGUGACGAGUGAUGUAAAACUCUAAAUAAUAAUAGGUGAUCUGGUCCUCACCUGGUCCAAAUAUAUAAAUAUAUAUAUGUCAAUAGGCAAACUGAAAUAACAUGACACAUUACACAAUGCAAUUUUUCUCAAGAGAUUUUAAGCCAAUGAGUUGUCAGCACAAUGCCAAGGAAAUAAAGACUUCAGCUAAGAUCUCAGGCCACGUUUCCACAUAGCCGGGUAUUUACAAAAACGGAUAUUUCCCCCUCUACGUUUUGAAAAAUCCCAUCAUUUCCAGGAACCUGCAUAAAUAGCUGUUAAGGUGCUAUGAGCAGCCAAACCUGCAGGGGGCAGUGUAACGAGAAGAUAAAGUCAUGCUAGCCAAUCAGAAUCCUGGAAAAAAACAUCAACAAAUGACACGAGUAACUUCCAGUUACUUCCAAGAUGAACGAGAGUCUUUCGUUUGGAGUGACAGAGAAGUGGAGUUACUUUUAAGUGUGACUUUAGAAUAUAAAACAGGUAAAAUACAAGAAAAUAUUGACGGUGGCCAAACUAAUUGUAACCACAGGUGUCACUCAUGACGCUGGUGACGUUUCUGUCUCAUAAUGUGACGUUCUGAAGCCUAAAUCUCCGUUUCCCUCCGUUUACAAGCAAACAUGAAGACGGAGGUUUUAAAAAUCUCCACUUUGGCCGGAGUUUUCAGAAAUGAUUGUUUUUGGAGACUUUGAGCUUUGUUUUCGUGUAAACGAAACGCAUUAAAACGCCACCGUUUUUGUUACGUGUAAACGGGGAAAUUUGCAUUUGAAAAACAGAAAUCCCAAAACCAGGUCAGGACCUGGAAUCCUGCGUCUAUUAUCAUUACACUCGCUCAUCUUAUUCAAAUAGACCAUGAACUAUUUAUGAAAUCAUGGAGAACAUCAUUGCUUCAGGUUCCUGCUGCUGAACGUGGCACAAGCUACUGAUCUGAUUCACAUACUGCAUUUUUAAAUAGAAUAACUAUUAUAUAUGUUCUCUUCAACUACUUACCCAACUUUAAGACCUGGUAGGGGCCAGAUGGUUUAUUAUUAUAUCUUAUAAAGUCUUGACAUUGAAAGAGAGUGUACUUCUAGUUCACAUGACUGUAAAUACAGUAUGGUGUCAGAUCUCAGCGUACUGUGAGCCAGUGUGAGGUGGAGACAUGACAGUACAUGGAGGAACCGCUGAUUCCCUCAGAAACAGCACUGGGGUGAGAGCGGAGGAACAAACUCAGGGAGGGCAGUCAGCUGCCCGACCUUGGGAGGAGUGGGGACGAGAAAACUAGCAAUAGAAAAACAAUAAACUUCUAGUUGGAA